AUGGCGAACCCGGUGGGGGAGGACAACUGGGUCGAGUUUGUCGACCAUCAGCUGCGCGAAGCCACCGACUUCGAGGCCCGCGUGCGCGUCAUCGAGGCCUUCCGCCGUGCUACGACCGCCGAACCCGGUAGCAUAAAGGUGUGGACCGCUUACUGCGAGUAUUUCUGGUCCCUCUACUCCGACUGCCAGCCCGGCAGUGACGCCGGCUGGCCCCCCGACGAGCAGCAGCUCGGCCGCGAGACCUUCACCAUCGACAAUGCCCUCAACCUCUGGCAGGAGGGCUACGAGGCUGUGCAGUACCGCCUCGCCGACAGCCACGAGCUAUGGAACCGCUGGGUGUCGUUCGAGAUGGAGAUGCUGCGGCGCACCGUGACGGCGAACGGCGUGCGCAGGAUCACCCACCUCUUCAAGGACCGCCUUACCGUUCCGCACGCCACCUGGGACGCCACUUCGCAGAUGUUCUCGACCUUCCUCUCUGAAUACAACCGCCAGGCCUACGAAGUCGAGAUGCAGCAAGUGACGCGCAACGCGAAGGCUGCCAAGCGACUCUACGACCUGCGCGACCCGUGGGAGACGAAGCUCGCCCGCGCCGCCAAGUCGCACGAUGCCGACGCGCUCAAGGCCAUCAUGUCCGAGUACACCGAGUGGGAGAUCAGAUUGGUGAAGUCCAAGAAGGAUGCCAAGGACCUCGCCGUCAAUUUCCAGAUCUGUCUCGGCCUGUUCACGCGCGCUCUGACGGGCGUGCUGGCCUCGAACGAGGACACCUGGCUCAACUUUUCCGUGCUCAUCUCCACCACCCACACAGACCUCAAGGCCGGCCGGUGCUACAUCCCCCCGAACCUGGUGCCCAACAUGCUCGACGUCCUGCAGCGUGCCGUGCACCACGUCCCUUGGUCCGGCCCGAUCUGGGCCCGCUACAUCCUGACGGCCGAAGAGGCCGGCCUGUCCUUUACCGACAUCGAGCGCAUCAAGCACGCCGCCACCGACAGCGCCCAGCUGGACAGGGACGGCAUGUCGGGCGUUCUGGACAUGUACUCGGCUUGGUGCGGCUACCUCAAGCGCUCCGCUAUGAACCCCAGCGCGAAUGAGGAGGCCGUUGACGUCGCCGAGGUGGGGCUACCGUCAGCCCUCGAAGAUGUCAGACACUGGGGCAAGCGCAAGUACGGCGAGGCGUACCAGGGCGACCCGGAUUACCGGCUUGAGAAGAUCUUGAUCCAGUUCCUUACCGAGAGGAAGGACGAUAUCGAGAGCGCCCGCGCCGUCUGGGAAGAACUAUCACGCGUCGAGCUGCACGCAAACGGCUACGACUUCUGGCUCAACUGGUACAUGUGGGAAAUGAUGGUAUUUAUCACCGCGAGGAGCAAGACGCGCAGCCCCACACCGGCGACGCUCGCUCAUGGACUGCGGGUCCCCAGUUUCGCCACCCGCGUCUUCACGCGCGCGCUCAAGGUGCGCACCGUGGACUGGCCGGAGCGCAUCAUGGAGGUGUAUCUGAAGCACUGCAACGACUACGAGCUGGCCGAGACGUUGCGGGACGCCCAGGACACCAUCUACAAAACUCGCAAGGGCGUGGCCAAACGCCGCGAGCGGGAAGCGGCCCAAGCAGCGCAAGCUGCUGCACAGGCUGCCCAGGCUGCCCGGGAAGCGGCACACGUAAAUGAAGCGAACGACCAGCGCAUGACAGGCUCUGCCGAGAUAAACUCGUCCCCCAGCUCCAAGCGGAAGCGGGAGGCGACGCCAGGAGACGAAGAGAGCGGCAACAAGCGGGCGAGGAGCGAGACCCACGGCGAGGAGCUGAAGCGGGACCGCGAGAAUACGUCCGUGUGGGUGACCAAGCUGCCCAAGGACGCGACCCAGACCAAGCUGAAGCAGUUCUUUCGCGGAUAUGCGCACAUCAACAACAUUGACCUGCAGAAAGGGGACGAGUCGGCGAUUGCCUUGGUCGAGCUCGGCACGCCAGACGACGCGAGGUCGGCGCUGCUGCGCGACGGCAAAUAUUUUGGCGACCACGCGGUCCAAGUCACCCCCGCGACCGACUGCACCCUUUUCAUCACAAAUUACCCACCCGAGGCCGACGAGCAGUACCUCCGCGACCUCUUCAAAAAUUGCGGCGAGAUCUACAGCGUCCGCUUUCCCAGCCUAAAGUUCAACACGAAGCGCCGCUUUUGCUACGUCACCUUUCGUGAGCGCGCGGCUGCGGCGGCGGCGACCAAACUCGACGGAAAACCGCUGGAAGCGGGCAAGUACAAACUGCUGGCCAAAUUCUCGGACCCGGCGGCCCGCCAAAACCGCCACGGUGCGCAGGCCGAGGAGCGCGAGCUGCACAUUGUCAACCUUCCGCGGAGCGCGUCCGAGGAGGACGUGCGCGCCCUGUUCGCCAAAGCGGGGCGCGUCAUCAGUGUCCGCGUGCCGCGCAACAUGGCGGGGUACUCGCACGGCACGGCUUUCGUCGUGAUGGAGACCAAAGCCGAUGCCCAGGAGGCCAUCAAAACCCUCGACAAGCUCAUCUUCGGCAGCCACCCGAUCAAGGUCGAGCUAUCCCGCCCCCCCGGCAACAAGACCACCGCCACCAGCCGCACCGACGGCACCACACCCACCGACACCGCCUCCCCAUCCCCAGGCCCUUCACACCCGGGCGCGGACGCCGGAGCCGGCGCCGGAACCGGAGCGGGCCCCACCCCAGCCGACCUCGCCGCGCGCACCAUCGCCGUGCUCAACGUCCCCGACACCAUGACCGACGCGCGAUUGCGAGCCGUCCUCGCGCCCGCUCUCUCGUCAUCGUCGUCGUCGUCGGGGCCCGAUAACGAGGCCGGCCUGACCAAGAUGGUGCUGCACCCGACCCACGGCGGCGCCGUGCUCGAGUUUGCGAGCGCCGCGGCCGCGGGCAAGGCCGCGCUGGCUGUGGACGGGCUGGAGGUGGAGGUUCCGGGCGGCGGGUCGAGGAAGCUGCGCACGGGCACGGUGGCGGAGCUGUUUAGGGGCCGCGUCCAGGCUGCGAAAAAGGCGGAGGGGGCUGCCGGCGGGAGUGGGAUGAGUAACGGCGAGACGAAGGGCGAGGGUCAGGCGCAGGGCCAGGGCCACAUUGGGGGGAAGAGCAACGAGGAUUUCAAAAAGAUGUUUCUGGGCGCGGGCAAGAAUAGCAACAACAGUGCGCCGCGGGCUGAGAGUACGGCUGCGAAGACGGAGGGGAAUGGCACGAUGGAGGAGUAG